GUCGGUACAAGUUUCUGCAGACGAACGCCUGAAAUGAGCUGCGAUGCAGCACAUGAUAAAGGUUUGUCACAAUUGGCUGGUCACUGUGAUUCAAAUGAGGACAGAAAAACAAAUUGAACUUAGGUGAGUGUUGAUCAGUCUACAAAAAACUAGUCUGGAAUUAGUCAAAAAGGAAAGAGCAAAACAAUAGUAACUAAAAGGUUUAUUCUCCAAAACGGACAAGCAAGACAGGAAAUGCACAACGUUCACAAAAUAUCACUGAGAAGUCCAUAACUGCACAACAAGCAUAGUGAUGAUGAAGAUGAACAGUUCUGCCCUCGAAAGGCACAAAGUAAUAAAACAUGGCACAUUGAAAGAAUAAAACCACAAAAAUCAAAAUGAACCGUCAGAUCACUGCUUUUUCUGGCUGCACAAAUGAGACCUGUUCAUUCAGAUAUAUCCUUAUGAUGCUACACCAAAAGUCCAAAAGCAUCUUGCUUGCUCACGCCUGCCAUCAAAAAAGUACAACAAACUCUAAAAAGUCAGCCUUAUUCUGGCCCUGUGCUAGUUCUUGUCAUCCUUUUUCUCAUCUUCGGUGGGGUACGAGUGCCAGGUAAGUCGCUCCUCAUAGAAUGAGAUGACCACCUGCGGACAUUUGACGUUUGCUUCCUUUGCUGGUACCAGAUCUGCCUCGUCUGAAUUUUUCCUGUAAAACAAAAGCUUUAGAAAAGUUUCCUUUUGUCUUAAGAUAGCCAAGGUGGCGUACAAACCAUUUCAUGAGGAACAUGAGCUCUCCUGUGGAAUCUGUGGCUCCAAUUAUUCGCUCUGGAUCCAGACCCCUCGCAAAGCCCCGUAACUUCUCAGUCUGACGGCCAAGGAAGCAAAUGUGAAUCAAUAUGUAAUGGAAGCAAACCUCUUGUGUGGUUGUUAAGAGAUGUUUGCAUGUUCGCCCCCACAGGUCUCUCUGUGUGACAUUCUUAGUCUCACCUGAGAUGUUCAUGUAAAUGGAAAGUGAAUUUGGACUUCAUCUAGUGCCCUGUGGUGUCACCACAGUAUUAUGGCAACAAACAUUAUAUUCUGUGGUACUUCAUUUCCCCAUCCAAAUUGCAGCUUUCAUGUGUGUGGGCAGAUUUUUGCGGGCUUUGUGAUAUAAGAGCAGAUGACUGGGAGUCAGACGAGGUCGUGAGCUGGUGACCAUGACAGUGCUCUUAUGUUAAAUCAUAGUUGCAACUUUUGCUUUGAAAGCAUGACUCACAUCAUCUUUUUUCCUCUUUGCUUUGCUUUCGUCUCCGUCUGCAUCGCCCCCCGUUCUUUUUCUGUCGUGUGCCGUCUUCUGGGACUGCAGGAACUCUGCGAUCAGAUCGGGGCAGUCCAGGUUGUCCUCGGGUUCCCACGUGUUGUCUUCACUACGAGAGUGCGAGAAGAUUGUGUUUAUGAUUCCAUAGCCAUUUUUUUUAUGAAGACCACUUCACAGACAAUAGUACUUACUUCGAGAAUCCUUUCCACUUGAGCAGGUACUCCACUCUCCCCUUCACCACCCGCCGAUUUAGGACCUUUUCCACUACAUAUUCUUCUUCCUCCUCUUCCUCCUCUGCUACUGCUGCCACUGUGGCUGGUGCCGAUGGAGCUGCUGCUGCUGCUGCUGCUGCUGCUGCCACAACGUCAUCCGGCUUCUUGUCUUUCUCCACUGUCGCCAUUUUGCUCUCUGACGGGACAGUAAAACUGAUCAGCAAGUUGACAAAGUCAGCGAAUAAUCCAACAUGGCAGCUAUUGAGUUUCUGCCUGUAAGCGUUGGUCCACACAUGGCACAAGUGAUGCAAAAUUUGAGGAAGUAAUGACGUGCAGAACCUUCUGUGACAGGGGCAGCAUCGUUGGGGGGCUCAGUAGUCAGGCUCAUACUCAUCAGGGAGACCCGGGGACCAGCGGUGUUCUGGUCAAGAGUGUGGGAGCAGAGUGGGAGUAAGUAGAAGAAGGAGAAGAGAGCAUUGGUAACGUUUGUUAUUGGCACACAUGGGUAACACCGAGGCACAGAAAGUGAUCUGGUUUUGUGUUCUCGAGUAUGACUGAGCUUUCGUGUUUGAUUUGGACUCAGACUCUCACAUCACCACCACCAUGCUACCUGUGAUAUUGCACAUCCACACAAAGAAGCAGAUGAAAAUAAACUUGGAUGUGAAUGGAGUGGAAAUAUCGUUUUGAAUGACAUAACAUUAAAUAAUUCAAUCUAUCUAAUUCUGUACAUUAAAAUACAUUUUUUUUUUGUUUUUGUGCUUAUAGACGAGACCAAACCACUGAAACAUUCACGUCUAUAUUCUGUAUUAAACACGAUUCGCAGAUAUUUAAAAACGAAUCCAUGAACAUAGACGCGUAGAAAAUACAGCAUUAGCAACCGCACAGACUAUUUAACAUGAGUCUUGAUGACGACAAAUCAGAAAAGCAGGACAAUCGCACAUGUCCGAUGCAUCAUACAUAAACACACGGGGGCGUUUUAUUAUCCAGUACAAAUUAGCUACACCUAGGCAAUGGAGACGAACAAGGCGGGCAACGUGCAUGAAGUGUUGACUUGGUGUUUACAACGAUUCUGCGAUGCUUAAAUGUCAUCAGUAAAAUGGUAAAUAAAACAUGACAAAAGGCGAGAGGUAAACACAACGUGAAGCUAACGGCUAAUGGCAACCUUCUCCCUAUUGAUUCAGAGCGCAUUGCUACAUUUUUACCAACUGAUUAUAACGAUCGUCGGCUCCCGUUACUGUUUUUGCACCAUAAACUAAAUACAGAUUUUCAUCUGGAGAUGACUGGAUCGAUAAUAAUGAGCUACCUGUGCUAACGGCUAGCAAACAUCGCAGUACGUUUGAAUGGAGGAGGGAAGCCAGAAAACUCACCGGUGAAAUGUAUUUUUCAAAUAUCCACCUCAGCCAAGAUUGUGCACAAUGCGUGUAUAAAUAUUCUAAUAACGUGCUUGUGUGGAUUUUAUUGUGAGUCGUCGUUACGUUUCCGCCCCUUCGUCUGAUAGUGAGAAGAAAAGGGGAAUGUGAUGCGUUCACGGACCGCCACACAGAUGCGAGUGGCAUGUGGAUAGACAAGUCGUCAUGUUUUCGGCGAUCGAUGCGGUGGUUACAUGAUUAGUAGAUCUGCUAUUCGAUCACCUUUCUCAAAUGCAGACGACCGAGCCGUGCCAAACCCUCGAUAAGCAUAAUAACACGAUUAAAGACGAGUAAACUGAUAAUGGAGCUGUCAUAAUAUGAACAACAUUUAAUUUGGUCUUUUUUCUGGGUCUGGUCGCAUUUUUCAUAAUCAACAAGUUGUGUUUCACGUCAAUAAACACGUUUCACUUUCAAUCCAUUUAAUAUCGCAUAUCAGAAUGUAUUGACAUAAGAACAACCCACCAUUGGGCACUAAACGCAACAGCCGUCAGGUAUGCUUGAGGAAUGUAAUAAAUAAUCUGAGAAACCGUUGGGAACCCACAUUUGCAAGAACCCUGAGUAUAAAGGACACCAUGUAAGAUCUAUUUGAUUUCAUUUAACAGUCACAAGAGAUAUUGAUAUUAGUUGCGCAAAUCACAUAUAAAUGUAUGCAAAUAUGUUUGUGUUGUCAUUGUGAAAUAUUGUUUAAAAAAUAGUUACAAGAAUGGGGAAAUCACAUAAAAAUGAUAAAACAUAAAUGAUCGAAUAUAUAGACCUCUUGAAUAAAGCUCCCUGAACGGUUUUGAAAUCGCAGAAUAUGUACUGUAUGUAUGCGCAUGCGCUGCCUAAGAAUAACAUGACGCUGUGACGUCGCCACACCGGCUGGUCAACAGCACCGCCCUGGACUUGCGAAAUGAAGAAAGCAGUGACACCCGGGAGCGAGACGGACGGAGGGCAGCCGAGGGUUUUCGGUCGGACAGAGCGCACGCAGGCCACCAAGUGCCCUGCACCACGGUCUGACGGAGAAUUGAGCAACCGACUGUGAAUACGUGAAAUGCAGCUCCAGAUAGAAUGAUCCAGAACCACCAAGACGAUGAGUUUGUGGCAGUCCGAGUGCAGGACCCUCGCAUUCAAAAUGAAGGCUCCUGGAAUUCAUUUGUGGAUUACAAAAUAUUCCUGCAUACCAACAGUAAAGCCUUCACUGCCAAGACGUCGUGUGUGCGCCGACGCUACAGCGAGUUUGUGUGGCUCAAGAGGAAGCUGCAGAAGAACGCUGGCUUAGUGCCUGUCCCAGACCUGCCGGGCAAGUCCUUCUUCUCCUUCAGUAAUGAGGAUUUUCUGGAGCGCAGACGCCAGGGCCUCCAGGUCUUCUUGGACAAGGUGGUGAACAUGACAGUGUGUCUGUCCGACAGUCAGCUCCACCUCUUCUUGCAGACUCAGCUGCCCAUCACUCACAUCCAGGACUGCGUGCAGGGUCACACCCCGUUCACGGUGACAGACGCCAUCCUCACGUACGCCUCCUCCAACCGUGGCUAUGCUCAAGCUCAGGAGGACCCCACGAAGGAGUCAGAGAAGAGCCUGACCAUUUCCUACGAGUCCAUGGACAGCCCUCUACCUCACCAGCAGCUCUCCAAGUCCACGUUAAAUCCAGACCUGUUUGCCCGCGGGGACUCUGACCCCCUCGCCAGUUUACUGACGAGCCGUGACAGAGACACAACUGAGCUGCAGCACAUGAAGACGCCCAAAGUCCAAGUCCUGCAGACCAGCACCCAUCUGGAGGCUGUGGUGGAGAACUGUCGGCCUUUGGAGUUCUUUCUGGGUGACCAGGACUUCUCCAGGGAAACUCAGCAGACUGGCCAGCAAAUCCAGACUCCUGUGGAGGUGCACUUGCCUGCGGGACUGGAGGAAGACAUGAACUUGAUGCAACAAGUCGAUCUAGGCGAGUGUGUGGACUCGACUGAAGGCAGGUGCGACGUUGCAAUGACAGAUUCCGUCCCGAGUCUAGAGCCCGUUGUUCAGGUUGGUGGUGACGAAGACGGUCCCAACAGUGAGAGCCGGGACGCGUGUAGCCACUCUCUGGCGUCCUCCAAUGACAGCAUCAUUAAAGUCAGCGAGGAGGAGGAGGAGAGUCUGGUUGAUGACUCUGAAAGCUGCUUGAGGAGAUCUUCUCAGGACAACGGGGUCCAGUGGUCAGAGGUGGACAGCAGCAGCAGCAAGAUCCUCCAGCUCCAGCUCAACGGUGGGCCCGCUGAGGAAGACACCAAGGACCUGAGUAACUCUCUGGACUUGACCUUUGCUGACGAUAAUUGUGAUUUUAGAGUUUUAGGGAGGAGCUCAGCUGCUGGGUCAGCAGAAUUGAACUGUGGGGAGGAGGUGCAGGAAGUGGAAGUGAUGUCUUAAGUAAGUAAGAAGAAGCUGUUCCUCACGCUCUCACUAACAUCCACGCGAAUGGGUCAAAUUAACCUACAGUAGGUGACGUGGGCUGCGUGGCCGCUUGGCUCUUGCUCUGGGUUUAGUUUUGACUUCUUGUCCUUUUAUUCGACUAAGUCACGAAUGGGCACUCAAUGAGUGUUGAAUUGUAGAGGCAACAUGUAGGUACCCUUUGCUAAAAAAAAAAAAAAAAAAACAACCUAAGAUCGCAACUAUGGGUCAAGGGUCCAAGUUGAGAGUUGUCAGAGAUGAGUGAUGGUCCACUGCCGCCAUCUUGUGGCUGAUCUUGGUACUUGCUCCUUGUUUUUUUUCCUCUGACAGCGCUUUCAUUUUCAUGUUCACAUAUACUGCAGACUUGUCAGCGCUUUACAAUAACAGAAAAAUGUGUCUAAUCUGUAAUGUGUCAGAACAUUUGCUCUUCAUCAUGUGGAAAAACGGCUUGACACAAAUCUAUGUGAUCAUUUAAAUUCACAAAACUCAAGCACAGACCAGACGAGGAGUCAAAUCUGAACUGACAGAAAUCAGAUGAGUGGAUUUCGUCUCUGCAAAGAGAGUUGGGGGAAACGUGUUCGUUGUGUGGGUCAGGGAACUGCUUACCUUCUUUAUGUUGUAGGAUUUUUAAAUUGCACAAUGGUUUUAUGUGUUUGGCUUUUUGGUUGAGGAUGACUGUGUGGUUUCCAAUUCAACCUAUUUUUAUAUUUAAGUUACACCCAGAAAACCUGUGUAACUCGUGUAUAGUACAUGGUAAACAGUUACAGCCUAUAAUGGUCUUGUAGGGUUUCAUUUUCCCAUUGAAUACUUUGUUCAUUUUUUCUUUUGAUAGAUUUCCUCAGUCAGCUGCAGAAAUCUACAAGAUGCUUUAUAGAAAUAUAUUUUAUCAUCAUAAUGGCCCAUUUCUGUGAUGCAUGACUGUCAUUCACACAACCUCAUGGACAUUUAAUUUUGGUUGAAGUUUAAUAAACUGAUUCCAAACUUCAUUUUCUGUGGAGGAACAUUGAACAUUAGCAGCAGGAGUUCCUCACGUGGGGCUUUUGUGUCACUGAUUCCCCCCGUCCCUUUUUCGAAAAUGGUAAAUACAAUGAUUCACCUUAGCAAACUCGCUGAAGCCUUAUUUAUCGAUAUUUGACCCCGACCUUUGCAGCUGAUUUCAUGUUGGUGCGAUGCUGCCCUCUAGUGUCGGAGUGACAGCACUAUUUCUGACUCCGCGUCUUGUAGCAGCAUUCUAUCUACGCAACCUUCAGAUCUGAGGUUUUACAUCAGGUCGACCUGAAUGAAAGAAGGCCUCAUUUAAUAGGAGAACUUGUUCAUGCUCUUAAGGGGGGCCCGGUUAUGCAGGUAAUUUCUAUAUAUUUCUGAGGCGCCUGUCUCACAGGGAGAGAAGAGCAGUAAAGAGCACUGAAGUGAAAACCAUGUUAGUAUUGUUUAGCUAUCUCAAGGGGUGAUGCGCUGCCACCUGAUGGCUACGUGCAGGUACUGCGGCAUUUUCACCUGAUACCGUCUGAGACGACCAUCGAUGCAGGCGCCAUGUAAACGGCUACACUUUUUUCAGUAAAUGUAGCCAAGGGAAGCUAAAGGUCACACUGUUCAUGCGGGCUGUCUAUUCUAGUUAUGUAAAGGAACAUAGGAAUCUGCAAAAUGGAGCCUUGAUGCUAGCGCCAUAUUUGUUAGUUUUUAAAAAAGCAAAUUAAUCUGUGCUCGAACUUAACCAUGCAUUGUAAUGACGCUUCAUGUUAAUAACACUAAUGGAGUUUCCAUCCACCUGUACUUUUCAGAUUUUCACUCAUAAACAUGAAUAGAAAUUCAGUUUUUGCUGUGGGAACAGGUUUUGUGUGUAAACAAUGACGGCGCAGCCCCGUCUGCCUCUGCUCUCUCCCUGAAAGACGCCACUUCACUGCAAUACUGCCGCACUGCACAUUAGUGUACAUUCUGCUGCAACUCUUCAGGUUAAUGACAACAGUAACACAAAAGCUCCCACUGAACAAUUGUGGCGCGCUUCAGACGAAGCCAGUCACAAACAGAAGUUUCAUAUUCCGUUUAUUUUCUCAAACCACAAUCAAACAUGAACAAGUAGAAUUUGAAUUCAAGCUCGCUGUGUGUGUGCAUGAAGCAUGUGACCACAGCGCUGCUCAGAGCUGCCGUCCCGGGACACUCAUCUCUCUGACUAGUCAUGAAGGCUUCGUCUGGUAAACAGCGGAUCUGUGUGGACGCCACGCACUUUUUUUGAAACCGGCAUGGAAAAUGAUCAGCUGGCAAAAUGUGAGGCUCCUUGCUGGUGUAGAUAAAUGCUAUUCUAGAUGGGAAACAGCAAAGUCUGUCAUUUGUUUUGUGGCAGGCAGACGCUCUCUGAUGACAUCAUCUCAUGGCGCACUCUCCUCUCAAUGAUCGUAAAACAAUACCAGA